UUUUCAUUGGCCAACGAAGUCGCAGCGUCGCGUACUUUGAAGUGAUGUAAAGGUGGCAUUCAGCAGUUGCAGGAAGGAUUGUAAUAGUCAGCUACUACGUUGGGUACGUUUUUAUUGUGAAACAAAAUACAGGAUAAUCGUUUUGUGAUGUAAAUGAGCAGCAAAAUGGUAUUUAAGCCUGCAAUUGGUUGCAAUCUACAACUUACAGUGUUAGUGUACUAUAGCCUCCCUCUGCCCCUUCCAUCCCUAAGACUAUGCACGGAAAAAAGGUUUUGCUUGUCGCCAGUAGCGUCUACGUCCCCUUCUACCCUGAUGGGAAGAAGACUGGCGUCCAUUUCUCGGAACUGCUGGAGCCAUACAAGGUGUUCCGGGAAAAUGGAUUCGCCGUUGACUUUACAUCGCCCAAUGGCAGUUGUCAGUUCGAUGAAUCCUCAGUGGACGAGUCGUCGCUCCCUGAGAAUGAAAAGAAAAUUCUUCACGAUAAGCAGGACGAGUUUUGGAAGGACUUGAAACGCAUGAUUCCUGCGGCGAAUGUUGAUCCUGCGGACUACUGCUUGAUGUUUGUGGCCGGUGGUCAUGCAGCCAUGUUUGAUCUGCCAACCGCUGUCGACCUGCAUGCUGUUGCCGCUCAAAUUUACAAGAAUGGUGGUGUCAUUGCUGCGGUGUGUCACGGACCAGUGAUGCUUCCAUUCGUACAGGACUUGAAGAGCAAGGGCGAAGUCUCAAUCGUCAAAGGCAAACACGUCACCGCCUUCAGUAAGCAGGGAGAACAGGCCAUGGGUGUUAUGAACCAGAUGAAGCAGCACCACUUCCGCACGCUGAACGAGGUCUUCAACAGCGCCGGCGCAAACUUUAUCGACCCUCCCGAUCCUAUGGGCGAAUUUGUCCAAAGCGACUGUCGCGUUGUUACGGGUGUGAAUCCUGCCAGCGCCAUUGCGACAGCCAAAACCGCUGUCCAAGCACUCUCAUAGGCCAUCAUUCUGCUGACUCUGUUCCACGUGUAAAAACACGCGGCAGCACGUGGGGGAGAAGUACUGGAAACAGCCCCCGCAACUCACCGGCCCUGCGUAAUUUUUUAAACUGGCUAACUGAGCUUACUGACUGUCGAUCACAUAGUGAUCUGCGGUUAUUUAAGUUUGGGGUCGACGUCGAUCAUGGACUCGGAUUUUCCGCUCCACUGGCGUUCAUGGGCCGAUGAUUUGCGCCGGUACUUUUUCGUUCCAUAGAGCCGCAGAACGUGAUGAUGAAUGAAUGAAAUGAAAGACGAUAGAACGAUAAAAAUUUGCGUUAUCCUGUUUUUUUUUCAUAAAGAACUGGUGUAGCCUGGGAAUCAUUUCCUGUCGCGUCCUACGUCACGCACAAUUUAAACUGACUCGGAACGCCAAAACGUUCGUGUCCUCUCCAAUCCACACAAACGCACACGAAACAACCCUAAAACAAAAAUAUCCAGUAUUAUUGAGGCACUUUUCCGGAUAUUCUUGCUGUAACG